AUGAAAUUAGUCAGAUUUCUCAUGAAACUCAAGAAUGAGUAGGUGAUUGUAGAAUUGAAGAAUGGCACAGUGGUUUUAGGUACAAUUACUGGAGUAGAUGUAAGAAUGAAUACUCAUUUGAGCAAAGUGAAAUUGACAUUAAAAGGAAAGAAUCCAGUAGGGUUAGAUUAAUUAACAAUAAGAGGAAAUAAUAUCAGAUAUUUCCACUUAUCCGAGAAUUUAUAGAUAGACAAUCUAUUGGUGGAUGAAUCAAUAUCUAAAUCUAAGAAGGUGAAAGCAGGAAUGGAGAAGAAUGAUCCAAACUUUAAGAGAAAGAAGAAGAACAAGGUCACUCGUUUACCAAGAAGAUGA